UCAAAUCUACGUACUUUCAGUAAGAUUCUCAGUUGAGAUUAUUUCAUUUACAGGGAUACAACUUAUUCUACAGUAACCCUGAGGGUAUUCGGGAAAAUGAGGUGUUUGCAGUUCAAAGUGAUCCUUUUUGUAGUCCAGGUUGUGGCUACAGGAUCAGGGGAAGAUGCUCCAUCCUGUCAGCCUGGGUUCAGUUCAGACAGAUUGGUCUUCCAAGUUGACCAGGAGCUUCUGCCCGCAGGCAGGAGAGUGGGAAAGGUGAACUUUGAUGACUGCUCAGGCCAUAAGAGAACAGUUUAUAUGUCGGAUGAUUCCCGAUUUCAAGUGGACACAGAUGGAACUAUAAAGGUGAAGAGGGCUGUGAAUCUGCUUGAUGGACACAAGAGUUUUUCAGUCCAUGCCUGGGAUUCUAGUGGGAAAAAACUGACCACAAGAGUCACAGUGGAAAAGGAGCUGAGAAGCCAUCACUUCCAUGAUAAGAAAAGUAUCACUCCAGGACAGCCUGAAACCUCUCCAGAUGUCCCAGUCCUGGUGUUUCCACAGUCCUCUUCAGGAGAGCGGAAGAGACAGAAGAGAGACUGGAUCAUUCCACCCAUCGCUGUUUCUGAAAACAACAGAGGCACUUUCCCACAAAGUUUGGUUAAGAUCAAAUCCAAUAAUGACAAAGAGGCACAAAUUAUAUACAGCAUUACUGGACCAGGAGUAGAUCAGCCCCCUGUAGGGAUUUUCACCAUUGACAAGAACACUGGACGGAUGUAUGUAAACCAGCCUUUGGACAGAGAGAAGAUAGACCAUUAUACGCUUUUGGCUCAUGCUGUUGCUGCUGAUGGGGGAAGAGCAGAGGAUCCUAUGGAAAUCGUUAUUUAUGUUAUUGAUCAGAAUGAUAACAGUCCUGAAUUUACCAAAGACACCUUUCUGGGCAAUGCCAAAGAAGCAUCUCCACCAGGUACUGCUUUCAUGACAGUAACUGCAACAGACGAAGAUGAUCCUAAUACAGACAAUGGGAUUAUCAAGUACAGCAUCAUAAGCCAAGAACCUAAGGAGCCAAAUCCCAACAUGUUUAUGAUCAACCCAGUGAGUGGAGUGAUAAUCAUUGCUUCAGCUGAACUGGACAGAGAGCAACAUCCUGAAUAUACACUGCUGAUUGGAGCUGCUGAUAUGGAUGGGGCAGGUCGGCUGACCACUGCCACUGCAGUCAUCACUGUAACAGACAGUAAUGACAACACUCCACAGUUCACACAGGUUUCGUAUACUGUUACUGUGCCUGAAAACAAAGUAGACUUUGAGGUGGUGAAACUACCAGUGACCGAUAAGGAUGAACCACACACACCAGCCUGGAACACCAGGUAUACAAUCGUCAAAGGGAAUGAAGGAGGGUUCUUCAAUGUCAGCACUGGGCCUGGCAAGAUGGAGGGCAUUGUUAGAACUGCAAAGGGUCUUGAUUUUGAGAAGAACAGCAAGUACACUUUAUUGAUUACAGUAGAAAAUGAAGUGCCCUUUGCCACUCGACUGCCAACAGCCACUGCUACUGUUGUUGUAAAUGUGGAGGAUGUUAAUGACGCCCCGAUCUUUGAUCCACCUCAAAAAACAAUCCGCCGGUCAGAGGACCUUGAAAUAGGAACAGAACUGGACGUAUAUAAAGCUACAGAUCCAGACACUGCAAGAAAGCAGACUGUAGGGUAUCAACUAGGAAGUGAUCCUGCAGGGUGGCUGAGUGUCAUGAAAGACACAGGGCUCAUUAGUGUGAAAAGCAUCAUGAAGAGAGAAUCUCCAUUUCUCACUGGGGGGAUAUAUAAAGCUCUCAUUUUGGCAGUUGAUAAUGAUCAAGUUCCUGCAACCGGCACAGGGACACUAUUUAUAAAGCUACAAGAUGUAGACGAGAACGCCCCAACAAUUGAAGAGAGAGAGAUAUCAAUCUGUAAUGAAGAGUCUGGUCCUGUACUACUGCCACUUAGUGACAGUACUUGUUCUUUACAUGUGGAACUUCAGGGAAAGUCCAGGAAUACAUGGACUGUCAAGACAAAAACCGUAGUGUUCUUGACCCCAAAGGAAAAGCUGGAACCAAACACAUAUUCGAUUGCUCUAAGAAUCUAUGAGUCUACAAGCAAGUACCAGGACAAUACUAUUCUAGCAGAUGUCCGUGGUUGUUAAAGAAAGGAGGUUACUUGUUAGAGUGUCAGGAGAGUCUGGACUGCCUGGAAUUCCAGCUGCUUUAACCACAAGAACUAUUGAUGUGGACGGAACCAACAUUUACCCAAAAACAGGACAUGAUGGGAGAAGUGGAUUAAAUGGCAUGACUGUGUCACAGAGAUGAGGUCAAAUCAAUUAAAAACCCUUAAGAUACAUUCUUCACCUAAAAACUGUACACAAUAGUGGUGCUUUUAGUCAUGGAGUUAAAACAAGUCAAUGUCAUCCCUGGUACAAGGCAAGAUACUUAGAGGUCAGUCACUCUCAAACUUCAAUGAGAAGUGAAGUGAGCUCUUGCAGGGCCUACCUGACUGCCAUUUCAAUUGUAAAUAAGCAAGAAUGGUACAGUACAUCCCUCUGAUCCCAUGUUUCAAACUCUUUACGAAGAGUUUAAAACAUUUUUACAUUUUGAGUUCAGAUAGUCUUUAAAAUAGUUUGAAGAUCCCUUAAGGAAGAGGAACAAAAUUAUAAGAAGUUUUCAUUCAGUACCUUUGUUAAAAUAUAAUAUUUCAAUGUAAACAUAGCAAGCAUGUCUGAGGCAUUGAUUUAUUAAUAGAACUUUAUUUACUCAUAUAUAUUGUAGUAGGGAAUAUUAUUUUUUAGCAGAAUGUAUCAAGAAGCUUUAUAUAGGGGUCUUUUUACUAACAUAGCAAGUUUAGUCAGAAUUAACCAAAGUAUAGAUUUCUGGUAUAGGUAUUUUACUGAAUAAAUCUGUAAAGAAAA